CAAAAAAAAACAAACGAAAUGUGAACGAGUUCAAUCCGACGUGGCUAAUCAAUUAGAGAAAAAAGAGCAAACGUGGCUCAUUCUGAUUGGAUAAUGACACCAAUGCCGCCUAUGACGUGGACCGCCGUUCUCAUUCAAAUACUUGUACAUAGCUUCUGGCCUUCUGCGAUUCCGGCACCGGCAGAAGUUGGCACGAAGAAGGAUAAAUCGGGAAAAUGGCGAUUAAGCUGCAUACGAGAUCUAUUUUGAUUGUUUCUAUUGCUUUCUUUUCUGUUUUACCAGUUACGCUCUGCAUCGAAGAUAAAUGUUCUGCUUGCUCCGCCAUUGCUGAGGAGCUUGAGCGUGGACUGUUGAAAGAAAAGCCAAGAAACCAUUUAGACAUGAGACAUCGCCUGGAUUCUAAAGGUCAGCGUGAAGGGAAACUUAUUGAUUACAGAGUCAGUGAGCUACGAGUUGUUGAACUCUUAGACGACCUCUGUGAAAAGAUGCAAGAUUAUACACUGGAGAAGGUGGAUUCAAGCACAAACACUUGGAUCAAAGUAAAUAAUUGGGACCUUCUCAAGACUAAUAAGCAAGAAGCUCGAGCACAUUCAAAAGCUAUGUCAUCCUUUUGUGGAAGGUUACUCGAGCAAACUGAAGAUGAGUUGGCAGAGUUGAUAAAGAAAGGAUAUGUCAAAGUUGGAGAUGUAACCAAGGUAUUAUGUGAAGAUCUCAGCAACUAUUGCAAAGGGACAAGCAGCUCCAAUAAGGCAAUAGGUGAUGAAGACAAAGAUACAGAUGGAGAACUUUGACCUGAUAAAUCAUUUUGUUUCUUGACUAGUUGAUGGGGUAAAGAAUGAAGAAUGUCCCUAUCCUAAACCAGGAAAGAAGAUCACUUCAAUAGUAGUAGAAACAUUUUUUUACGUCCUCAUAUAUCUUCUUCUGAUAUCUUUACGUAAUAUAACAUACAUGUUCUUUCCUCCUUUUUGUUGGACCAUGUAUCAGGCAUCUCAAGUAGUACUCAAAAGAAACUAAUUUUAUCGAUGAACAAUAUCUAAUGUGUCGUUUGUGUCCUUAUUUCUUGUUGAAAAUAUCUAGAGGAAUUUGCAGCCGCUA